AUGGCCACCUUUAACUGUACAAUUUUAUUGUUUCUUCUCUUCUUGCCAUCUCCAUUGAUGGCUUACAUCGUAUUGGUGGACAGCUACGGAGAAGAGUGCUUCUUCGAGCACGUCCUCAACGGUACCCAACUGCAACUGGUAUUCCAAGUUCUUGUCGGAGGAUUCCUCGACAUCGACGUGCUCAUGGUGGACCCGAAGGCUAAGCCAUUGUACCACAGGCGACAAGCGACCUAUGGUGCGCAUUCUUUCAGAGCACCAAUCCACGGCAGGUAUUUCUUCUGCUUCCACAACACCUUCAGCACCCAAGUCCCGAAACUCAUCAUGUUCAACUUCGAUUACUACGAUAUCGAGUUGGAAAACGAGCUGAUGUUGGCUCAGAACGAUCUAGAAGCAAUGGUGCACAAAGUAGAGAUGGGACUCAAAUUUAUCAAGACAGAAACUGAAUAUAUGCACGCUAGGACAAGAUCCCAUCACAACAUAAACGAGAAUUCAAAUACUGCCAUAAUGGCUUGGGCUAUUAUUGAAUACAGUUUGAUUGUGUUUCUGUGCAUGUGGCAGCGUUAUUAUAUACUUCGUUUUUUCGAGGUUAGGAGGACGGAGACAGGAUAA